GUCGCCACCUAAACGUUUCGUUCUGUCCUCUUGGUCUCGCCAGUUUUUUUUGAAUAACACUGCAUUGCCGCCAUUUCUCGAACGAUUCAUUGGUCCAGUGGUAUAAAUUCAAACGACACCAAUGGUUCAAAUCACCUGUGAUAUGUUUUGAAAGCCCGUGUGCAUUUUGUAUUUAUCUGUUUGUGGAGCUGUUGAGGAUUGGAUUCGCUGGAGAAUUUGCUAAUUCAUGCGAAUGGCAGUGACAGCUAUGUCUCACCAUAGGAUGAAAGAAAAUGGAAUAAAUUGAAGCUGAGAAAACGGGCUGAGAGGGAAUUAGAUAGUCAGCACUGAGGAUCAAACAGAAGUGGUGAGAAGAGGAUAGGGAGGGUCACGUUGGGUUCAGCCGAGAGGCGUUAAAUAAAGAAAAAACAGUGAAGGAGGAGGGGGGAAACGAGUGGAAAAAGGAUGGUGGUCGAAUGGCUGUGUCCUGGACUGAGGCCCACUGGUAGUCGUAGGCCUCGGAUUCUCCACUGCAAGGUCAUUCUUCUGGAUGAACACGAAUUACUGCAGGAUGUACUCAGUUCAAAUCUAGGUCAAGAACUACUCGACCGUGUUUUCCGACAUCUAAACCUCCUGGAGACAGCGUAUUUCGGUCUUCGUUACCUGGAUCACGAGAACCAGACGCAAUGGCUAGACCCCAGCAAAAAAAUUAGCAAGCAGUUGAAGGUGAGGAAGGGUGACUCAAUGCCAGAUACUCAUACUCUCUACUUUGGGGUGAAAUUCUACGCAGCUGAUCCAUGCAAACUCAUUGAGGAGAUCACAAGGUAUCAAUUCUUCCUACAAGUCAAACAGGACAUUGUUCAAGGAAGACUGCCGGUGUCUUUCGAUCUAGCGGCAGAACUUGGUGCUUAUGUCGUACAGUCGGAACUCGGUGAUUACGAUCCCAGGAGGCAUUCCCUCGGCUACGUCACGGAGUUCAGAUUUCUCGUCAAUCAAACGGCGGAACUUGAGGCUAGAAUCGUUGAGCUCCAUAAAACACUUGUGGGCCAACUUCCCUCCGCCGCCGAGCUCAAUUACUUAGAUAAAGUUAAAUGGCUGGAAAUGUAUGGGGUUGAUUUGCAUCCAGUAUUGGGGGAAGAUAACGUUGAAUAUUUUCUCGGUCUCACUCCCAGUGGAAUUAUUCUUUUGCGGAAUAAAACCAAAGUGGGAAAUUAUUACUGGCCACGGAUCAAUAAAAUGUACUACAAGGGUCGUUAUUUCAUGCUCCGAGUGAGUGAAAAGAACUCGGAGGAACGAACUCACGGCUUCGAGACACCGUCGAGAGGUGCCUGUCGUCACUUAUGGAAAUGUUGCCAGGAGCAUCAAGCCUUCUUCAGAUUGAUGGCCACAGGUCCACCCCCAUUGAGUCCCUAUUCCCGUUUUCGUUCUUACAGUCCACCGACCUCCGAGAAACAUCAUCAGGGCUCAAUUCGUCGUAAUCCACCGCCAACAUUUCAGCGUGCACCGAGUCGUAGGGCCCAGAGGCGUGUAGUUGAGGGCCAAGAGAUGGUUGGCCCGUUCGUCGAAACCCCAGCAAUCGAUCGUAACAUUACGAUCAACUCGAGUAACUGCAGUGCCUCAAGGCACAUAAAUAAUUCCAGUCCAAGAAGUACCAGAAGUGCUCCAUGGACGCAGAGUCAACCGCGUGGACUUUAUACAUCGUCAAGCCCACGUUCUGUUAGAUCAGCAGGAACUGCACCUGCUCUGCUGAGUAGACUCCAACGAAGGAGCAGCUCCGUUGAGAGCCAGAGCUCUGGUGACAGUCACAGUCGCAGUGGACACAGAAGAAGAAGUCACAGCCACAGUCACAGGAGACACAGUCGCCACUCCGACUGCGAAUCCGAAAUGUCUCGGGGGUCCGAUAGCAGAUCUGGGCAUAGAAAACAUCGCAGAAAACACAGAAGUUCGCGAAAUUCACGACACGAAUUGGUGGACUCUGAGCCACAAUGGAGGGAGGCUCAGAGGAGGAAAGGAGAAGGAGUUCAAAGAGCCGUGGUCAGUCAUACAGAGCCCAGGAGACGACAUAGAAGCAGACAUCGAUCCCCAUCCCAAAAACUGCCAGAUGAACUUAGAAAACACUUAGAGUUUAGUUUAAUCGACACAUCAGGCAUGAGUGAACAACAGCGUCGUGAAAUAUCCUACAAAGUCGUACAAACGCAGGGACUUGCCCAGAUGCAUCAACAGUCUGUCAAUCCACGUCUUAAUGGCGUGGACGCCUCGUUACCUCCUAGACCGAUUGGCACGAUCGACAGAAGGGAGAGACGAGUGCGUCACAGUCGAGAGGGAAUUUACGAGGCAACUUCGAUAAGAUCCAGUCGAUAUGAACCGAAGUAUCCGGAUGUUAGGUACGAUUAUGAGAGGAGAGAUUACGACGCGAGUGCACGAAAUAGCCGAGUACUCGUAGGGAGUAAUGCGGACAGUGGACUUGGUGAGAGCACACCCCAGGAUUUCUCCAGCUGCUGUUCAAGUUCUGCUGACAGUACGAGAGCACCACGAAUGACGCAAAUGCCACUUUUGGGGGAUGGGCGCUAUGAUCUGCCUUCCAAUCAAGAAAAUUCGCCUGUUGAUGCUACUCUGGAUGCAGUACUUCAGCCAAUUAUAUCAACUUUAACGCGAAGGUCUAGGAGUCAUCCAAAGUGAAUUCCAUCCCUGGAUAUCAGCACCAUGAAUGAACCAAUGUUUUGUACACUUAAUAAAUGUUCAACUCUGUAUUUCAAUAAAAGAUGAUAAUCGUA